CUGAACAUGAAUGAACGUGUCGCGGAAAAGGAAACAACAGACAACGGAAAGAAAAUUGGUGUCGCAAAAAUUCUGAAUUCGGAAAAGUCCGUUGAAGUGGCCCACAAAAAUAUUCAUUGAUAUAAAACAAAAAAUAUAAAAUAUUUUCAACAUACCUUUGAUACAGUAGCUCAACCGUUGUUUGGGGCUCCACCACGCACACGUUUAGAAUUGGUGUAUCGGAACGGGGAACGGUCUCCAACGCGAGUGAGUACACAUACACACACAUAACACUCAACGGCGCUCACUGCAGCGAUACAUACAUACACACGGUUGUGAUUUGGCGCGGACCUGUGUGCGUGUGCGAUGAAUGUGAAGCCUACAACAAAAUAAAAGAAAUCAGUGUGUGCAGAGUAGGAGCGGAAGAAGAAGCUGAAAACAGAAUACAAAAUAAAAAUACAAAACACACAGAAAACACAGUGAACGUGAAACGUCGAAUACUGCAAUUUCCUUAAGUUCUUAACUGAAAUAAAACUAACUAAAGUCUCUUUCGGUUGUUUCCCAUAUUUCGUUUCGUGUGUGUUUGCGCGAGUGUGCGUGUGUUUGUGAAACCAGAAAGGGGAACAGCAACAAAAGCAAAGCAAAAGAAGAAGAAAGAACCAGCAAGAAAGAAAGAAAAAAAUGUGCGGCAGCAGCUCCACGAAGAAGCCAAAGCAGAUGAUGUAAACUUUGUUGUAACCGAAACUUGGCCAGAGCUAAAGAGAGAGAGAGAGAGAGAGAAGGAGAGAAGCGAACUCUAGAAAAUAACACUCGAACGGAUUUUUCUACUUCCCCCCCACCUACAACUACGACACCUCCAUCGUUAUUUAUCUUGGUGUGUGUGAGUGUGCAAGAGAGCUUUCUACAAUGCCAGAAACGGAGCACGAGAGCUGUAGCAAAGAGUGGCUGCAGGCCCAGCUGCGCUCCCUGGAUGCCAAGGAGCUGAUCCUGCUGGACUGCCGCGGCUCCCACGAGUACAGUGAAUCGCAUAUCCGUGGCGCCGUCAACCUGUGCAUCCCGAGCAUCGUGUUGCGGCGCCUUGCCACCGGCAAGAUAGAUCUGGCCGCCACCAUCAAGUCGCCGGACCUUAAGGAUCGCAUUCAGACUGGCUACAAGCUCAGCCUCUUCAUCCUGUACAACGGCGAGGGCGUGGCCGGGCAGCAGGAUGUGGCCGCAACCGGAAUGGGGGCCAACGAUUCGAUCAUCAAUAUCUUGCACCGCCGCCUUAAGCAGGACGGAUGUCGCGUGGUCGCACUGCAAGAUGGCUUUUCCAGUUUUCGCUUAGCAUUUCCGGAAUGGUGCGAGGAUGAUAGCCAGUCGCACAACAAAGAGAUGGAAUCUAGUCGCAAUGUCCAGACCGAUCAGUUAAUGGGUCUCAGAUCCCUACGCAUUUCCACACCGCAUUCCGAUUCUGCCUGCAGCAGUUCGGCCGAAUCCUCGGACUGUGAGAGCACCAGCCACCAUCAUCAUCAUCAUCAUCAUCAUCAUCAUCAUCAUAGCUAUAAUGAGGCGCCCGUGGAGAUAAUAAAAGGAUUACUCUUCCUCGGCAAUGCCGCACACAGCGGCGACUCGAAGGCAUUGCAAAAGUACAACAUUAAGUAUGUGUUGAAUGUGACACCGGAUUUGCCAAAUGAAUUCGAGAAAUCGGGCAUCAAGUAUCUGCAAAUACCGAUUACCGAUCACUACUCACAGGAUUUGGCCAUGCACUUCCCAGAUGCCAUACAUUUUAUAGAGGAAGCGCGCUCUGCGAACUCAGCGGUGCUGGUCCACUGCCUGGCUGGUGUUUCGCGUUCGGUGACCGUGACGCUCGCCUACUUGAUGCACACGCGUGGCCUCAGCCUCAACGACGCCUUCAUGAUGGUGCGCGACAGGAAGCCGGAUGUGUCGCCCAACUUCCACUUCAUGCAGCAGCUGGAGUCCUUCGAGAGUCAGCUGCGGCUGAGUCCCGGCGAUGGCCAGGCCAUGGACGAGGGCGGCUGCACCAUGAUGGGCGGCAUGGAGCCACCCAUCAGCAGCUCUGUCUCGAAUUCGGUCCUAAUGGCCAACAAUCCCAGUGUGGUUGCCUCACGUUGCGGCGGUCGCGGCUCCAAAUUUUCGUGCAACUGCAUUGCCCCAGACUGCAAGUGCAUGCAGACGGGCGGAUUUAUGGCGGCCCAUUUGGCCAAGGCCACCGGAGUGUCGCCCGACUCGGGCAUUGAGUUUGAUCGCUGGACACCAUCCUCGGACACGGGUCUCAAAUGAGACCAGCUGCUGGGUGGGAAGAGUUUUGUGCUGCCGCCAAGUCAGGAGAUUCUAUUGGUCGGAGGAGCCGUUGCCACAUCGCCACCGCCGUGUUGCAUUUACCUGUCGGCCAGCAAUCCCGACAACAUGUCACCAGCCAGCACCACCAGCUCAUCCACAUCGACCACUACCACCGCCGAGGCGGUGUCUGUGGUGGAGGUGGUGCAGCGGGAGGAACUACAGCUGGAAAUGGCCGAUGAGGAGCAGCUAGAGGAUGCAGAGGAAGCGCCCGAUGGGAAUGCCUUCUAAAUGGCCAGAGACAAAGCACUUCCUACACUCGUACAUACACACAAAACACACACACACAUACAUAUGAGCAGCGUAUAAAUUAGGGGUACUCCUGCAAGUGCCGAACGCAUCUUGGGGGAAUACGAAAAAUAAACGAAGAAUAUUUCAACUGUCUUUGACAUUUGGUUUGUGCAACCACAAGUGCAGGAAUACCCAUAAUAUGUUAAGAAUUAAUAUUAAUAUUACAGUAAUAAAUAAAUAAUAAAUCCAAUGCUUGGUACAUUUCUAAGGUCUAAAAGCGGAAAUUAUUGCGCAAAACGAAACAAACAAAAUCCAAUGUUAUCCACACA